AUGUUAACAGCUAUGAAAACAGCAAAGAAAAAUAAAGAACCACAAACCGAAUCAGAUCCAACGGGAAGUGAGAUUGAUAAUAAUGAAGAUAAAAACAGUGUUGUAAGAAAUGCAUCAAUUCUAUCCAAGCCAGUCAGCUCUUCACAAUCUCUCUCUGUCGACAAUUCACGAAAUUCAGUCAACAACAGUCCCGACAAACAGACCAAAUCGAAGUAG